GCAGAGCGCGGUGCCAGGGGGGUGGGGGCACCGGUGCCCGUCUGGGGAGGGAGCAGGCGGAGGGGGUAGGCUGCGAUUACAAGCAGGAACCGGCAGCAGCUGAGGCCCAGGGGGGGCCACGGCCCAGGACCUUGCCAUGGAGUCCAUGUUUGAGGAUGACAUCAGCAUCCUGACCCAGGAGGCCCUGGGACCCAGUGAGGUGUGGCUGGACGCCCCUGGAGACCCCUCGCUGGGGGGGGACAUGUGCUCUGCCUCCCACUUUGCCCUUAUCACAGCCUACGGAGACAUCAAGGAGCGGCUGGGGGGCCUGGAGAGGGAGAAUGCCACACUCCGCCGCCGCCUCAAAGUCUAUGAGAUCAAGUACCCGCUGAUCAAUGACUUUGGAGAGGAGCACGGCUUCUCUCUGUAUGAAAUCAAGGAUGGCUCCCUGCUCGAGGUGGAGAAGGUCAGCCUACAGCAACAGCUCAACCAGUUCCAGCACGAGUUGCAGAAGAAUAAGGAGCAGGAAGAACAGCUCGGGGAGAUGAUCCAGGCUUAUGAGAAACUCUGCGUGGAGAAGAAUGACCUAGAGACAGAGCUGGGGGAGAUGAGGGCCCUGGUGGAGACCCACCUGCGGCAGAUCUGCGGUUUGGAGCAGCAGCUGCGGCAGCAGCAAAGCCUCCGGGACGCAGCCUUCCCCAGCCUGAGUCCCCCACCUGCCCCUGCCCCGCCUUGUGCUGAGCUGGACCUGCACUACUUGGCCCUGAGAGGGGGACCUGGCUUGAGUCAUGCAGGCUGGCCAGGCCCCACACCGAGUGUGAGUGAGCUGGAGCGGCGGCAGCUAGAAGAGGCUCUGGAGGCUGCCCAGGGAGAGGCCCGGGGGGCUCAGCUUCGGGAGGAGCAGCUGCAGGCUGAGUGCGAGCGGCUACAGGGGGAGCUGAAGCAGCUGCAGGAGACCCGGGCCCAGGAUCUGGCCUCCAACCAGUCAGAGCGGGACAUGGCGUGGGUGAAGAGAGUUGGAGAUGAUCAGGUGAAUUUGGCGCUGGCUUACACGGAGCUGACAGAGGAGCUGGGCCGGCUUCGGGAGUUGAGUUCCCUUCAGGGGCGGAUCUUGAGGACUCUGCUGCAGGAGCAGGCCCGGAGCGGUGGCCAGAGGCACUCCCCGCUGUCGCAGCGCCACUCCCCGGCCCCCCAGUGCCCUUCACCAUCCCCGCCUGCCCGAGCGGCGCCCCCGUGCCCCCCGUGCCAGUCCCCCACGCUGGCCGAGCGCGCCUACGCCAAGCCCCCCAGCCACCACGUGAAGGCCGGCUUCCAGGGCCGGCGCAGCUACUCGGAGAUGGCCGAGGGCGCGGGCUACGCGGGUGCCUCCCCGCCCUGGCUGCAGGCCGAGGCCGCCACGCUGCCCAAGCCGCGGGCCUACGGCGCCGAGCUCUACGGCCCCGGCAGGCCCCUCAGCCCGCGGCGCGCCUUCGAGGGCAUCCGGCUGCGCUUCGAGAAGCAGCCGUCGGAGGAGGAGGAGUGGGCCGUGCCCGCCAGCCCGCCCAGCCCCGGGGCUGGCACCACCCGCUGCGCCUCUUUCUGCGCGGGUUUCCCCGUCCCGGAGUCGCCCGCCGCCUACGCCCAUGCCGAGCACGCGCAGUCCUGGCCGUCCAUCAACCUGCUGAUGGAGACAGUGGGCUCUGACAUCCGCAGCUGCCCCCUCUGCCAGCUGGGUUUCCCUGUCGGGUACCCGGAUGAUGCCCUCAUCAAACACAUUGACUCCCACCUGGAGAACAGCAAGAUCUAGGGUGCCUCUCCCACCCACUGGCUGUUUCUUUACUGUCUCCCAUCACCCCCAAACACUCACUCACUUUGAAUGCUGCAUGAAUCUCGUGGGGGCCCCUGCCCCUUGCGACCCCCAGAUACCUCCACUAGCUACUGAGUCAAUGUGUGUGCCGUCUUCCCUGGUCCAGGCACCACUCAGCCCUGGCUCUUGCCAGGAGAUCAGCCAAGGCACUCCCCAGCAUCCUGGCUUCCGCUGGGAGGUAGGGAUCUGGGCUGGGGUGGGGAGGGGCAUACCCCACCCCAGGCUCUUCUCUGCUUUUCUGUUCUCAGAUAGGGUUGGAUCCAAGAGGGUGAUUGGGCCUGGGGAGGCGGAGGAUAUCAGAGGACUCCAGGAGCUGCCCCAGCCCCUCUCCCGAUGUCCAUCUUUUUCAGGCUGUGCUCUAUCUGGGGAACACCUCUCUGUGGGGUCCCAGAGCCUGCCCUGCACACUGAUGCCAGUUCCUCCAUCCCGUGGCCAGCUCAGGGCUCAUGGCUUGGGCCUCCACUGGGGGAGGGAGGCAUCUUGUUUCUUGCCAUUCCCUGCAGGCUAGCCCUGUUCUCCUCCUCUGCCCACCCUAGGGAGUAGUGGGGGGUGGGAGAGGAGAGGGAGGACCUUGGAGGACUGGGAAGAUCUAGCCUAAAGAGGCUGCCCUGAGGGCGGGGGGCCCUGCACCAUGACCUUCAGGCCAGGGGACUAUCUGUGCCAGCCUCCCAGUCCCAUGCCCUGCCUG